AGUCUAUCAACUUCCGACCACCCAUUGUUGCAUCUCAAUCAAGCUCACUUCACCCUCAACUCCUUGCAAGACUGGCCUCGGAGCUCAAGGCUUCGUUGCUUCCCCGCCUCCAUCCAUCUUGCAUGUACUGAAACACCCUCGACACGUCAAAACAACAUGUUUCUCAACUCUUUACCCCGUGCCGCUCGUGCUUCCAGCACCGUUGCUAGAUCCUGCUCCAAAAGCACCGUCUGCUCCGUCAGAGGCUUCCAAUCUUCUGCGAGCUCACUGGCUCCCGCCUUUACCGCUAUGCACCAAGCUCCCAUCACCAGCCAGUCGCAGGUACGGUCCGCCCAUGCCAUCUCGAAUCCUACCUUGGCUGGAAUCGAAAAGCGGUGGGAAGGCCUCCCGCCUCAGGACCAGGCCGAGCUGUGGAUGCAAUUGAGAGAUCGUAUGAAGGUCGACUGGAAGGAAUUGACUCUGCAAGAGAAGAAAGUUGCUUGGUGGAUUGCGUUUGGACCUCAUGGACCUCGAGCUGAGGCACCACCAGGUGAAUGGACAAAGAUAUUCAUAUACACGGGGAUUGGUAUCCUCACCUCACUUGGUUUAUUCGCCAUCGUGCACUCUUUUGCCAGACCAGAGCCAAAGACCAUGACAAAGGAAUGGCAAGAAGCCACCAACGAAUAUCUCAAGCGCGAGAAGAGCAAUCCCAUCUACGGUAUUAGCAGCGAAGGAUACAAGGGCAAGGGCCAUGUUCAGAGCAAAUCAGCUAAAGAGAGGGGCAUUGAUCUUGAUGCUGAAUAGACAAUUAGGGUGGAGAGGAUGGGAUUCCACAAGUUGAGAGCAAAUCGAAGUUACAAUGUCACUAGUAUCAGAUGAAAGGGAGAGGCCCCAAGUUUUGUGAAUACAGAAAGAUUCAACCGCCAACUUGAAGGCUGCUUUGUGACAGAAGUGGCAUUGAAGGGUCUGUUAAGAUUGUACAUAGGCACGCACAAAUAGGUUAAUUAACCCAACGUGUCGUUUUUUUCUUUCCCA